CCCAUGGUGAUCAACACUUGGAACUAUCCAGUUGCCAACAUAGAGGCCUGGCGCGUCCUGAACUUGAGCAAGGGCGGCCUCGGACAAACACGCAAUGCCGUGGUGGAGGGUAUAUCCGAGUGCGAGACGCAGCAGUGCGGAAAAGCUGUGGGCUACGGCGAUCGUCCAGACGAGCAGGGAGACACUUCAUUGGACGCCCUGGUUAUGGAUGGCAGGACCAUGGAAAUAGGUGCUGUGGCCGACCUGAGGCGCAUUAGAAGCGCCAUCAAGGUAGCUCGGCAUGUUCUGGAGCACACCAAGCACACCUUGCUGGUGGGCAAUGCAGCCGAGGACUUUGCCAAUGAGAUGGGAUUCCAAAACGAAUCGCUGGCUACCACUGAAUCAACGGAAAUAUGGAUGAAGUGGAAGACAAACAAUUGCCAGCCAAAUUUCCGCAAGAAUGUCCUUCCGGAUUCGAAGAUCUCCUGUGGGCCGUAUUCGCCCCUGACCUCCUGGAAGGACGAUAGCAGUCGGAGCGAAUUCGAGAUCGGGCCCAACAACCAUGACACCAUCACUAUGAUCGCCAUCGACGAGGAAAGUAACAUCCAUGUAGGUGCCUCAACAAACGGUUUACAUUUUACGAUGCCCGGUCGGGUAGGAGACUCGCCAAUUCCUGGAGCUGGCACCUACGCAGAUAACGAGGUAGGAGCCGCCAUAGCCACCGGAGAUGGUGAUGUAAUGAUGCGUUUCCUGCCUGCAAUGCUCGCCGUGGAGGCCAUGCGAGCGGGUAGCACACCGUCGGAGGCAUCUAGGUUGGCCUUGCACCGAAUCUUAAAGCAUGUAAGGGACUUUGAUGGCGCAAUUGUGGCCGUAAAUCGCCUAGGAGAGUAUGCAGUAACCUGCCAUGGAGUGAUGGGUGAGUUCUCCUACAUGGUCAGCAGUCCGGCUAUGCCCAACCGAGCGACGCGAAAGGAAACGAUCAAGUGUUCAGCAAGAAAAUAG